AAUAACUGUCAAAAUAUUUGUGGAUUUAUAGAAAAUUCUCUGAAAUUUUGCAUCAUUUUUCCCACUUUCCCAGGACACGGCGUGUCCAAUUGUGUGUGAAAAUCGUGCAGUGUGGAGUGUUGAAGCUGAUUGACUUGGAUUUGGGUGGAGAUUCCGCGUGAUAGGCGUCAUAUGGACUAUUAAUAGAUUUGCACUUGAAAUCCUUAUUCUGCUGACUGUGCCCUUCUUUCUCUCCUCUUAUCAACCUCUUUGGCACAUAGCGCAGCAUUGACGCGGGGAGGAGGUUUUCUGGCCGACACGGGGGGCGCGCUCAGCUGGCCAAGUGAAGCUAUGGGGCGAUUUGGCAGUGGGUUCAUGUGAUUGACAAGAAAAAAGUGGGAUCUCUUCUGAAUUUCGCGAGGCACUUUCUCAUCUCCAUCUCGGCCUCUUGCUUUUUUGCGUGACGAAAAAAUGAGCGGACGUGUUCGCCUCAAAGAGAACAACAUCUUGGACGAGGACUUGCCCUCACUCCUUGAGAUUGUCUUCAAGUUCCUCUCCGAGAAUCUGUCUGUGGUGUGCGACGAGAACAAGUUUGAUCACAACUUGGAGCUCAACGAGGGGGUUUACAUACCAAAUGAAAUUUGUGAUAGACUACUAAAGUACUACCAAGACUGGAACCAGGACAUCAACAACCACUUCAUCUACAUUUUCCGGGACACCACGAGAACACCCCUCAAGUAUGUGUCCCUCCGCAACUCCACCAUCACCGACGAGGGCAUGGAGAUCCUGCUGCGCCACAAUCUCAUCUCCCUCUCCAUGUGGUACUGCGACAGCGUCACCACAAAGUCCUGGCAGACGCUCGUGGAGCACAGCUCGCAGCUGAAGUCGCUGGAGCUGGGCAAAUAUGUGGACAUGCUGAAGUUUAGCGAACCAAAUGAGAAGACACCAAUAGAUUUUCAACUCAACCUGCCACAUCUCCGUCGACUCACACUCAAUGCUGUCGUUCUACAGCCGUCACUGCAAUUCAGCCACCUAAAGGAGCUUUCGUAUUUAGAUCUGACAUCGUGUAUUUUUGCCGAAUUUAGCUUAGAGGCCCUAGUUAGUCUUCCCAACUUAUCUACUCUCAUACUGUUCAAUGUGUGGCCACUGGAGAAGGAGUUCAAGACACUGUGCAAGCUCAAGAAGCUCCACAUACUCGACAUUUCUGUGACCAAUCCCACAGGUUUUGGCAUCUACAAAGAUCCAAACGUCCUGUUGGCGAAUCUGGUGGAGAAUUUGCCUCUGUUGACCCACCUGGACAUAUCCGGGACGAAUCUGGCGGGAACUGGGGUGGCGCAAUUCGAGGCGAAAGAGAAGGUCAAGAGUUCGGAUAUUCCGGGACUCGUGAGUCGAGCAAAUCGUCCUCUGCAAUUCCUCGGACUCUACAACACGGCCCAUUCGGCUUGUCGUCGACACGAUAUCCCAGCCCUAAGUAUAUCUGGAGAGGCGAAUGAGGAGCAGAUUCUCACGUCUGCCGUCGUGUAUCAGGAUCGUCCGAAUUUACUCACCAAAGUACUCAAUGACUUGUACCAUUUGCUUCGCUUUGAGACCUGCAGAUCCAUUCACCGAGCCUUGGAUGUCGUCCUCAAUGCCAUGGACCGGCAUUUGCGCGUGAAACACAUGCAGAUAUCUGGAAGUGCAACGCUGUUUUACAUUGUUAAGGGACGCGAUAAGAGCAAAUUCGGGACUCCACUGAAGAAUCACAUCAUCAGGACACUCCUCAAUGGGAUGUCCACGCAUCUGUCUGACGAUACAAUGAUGAGGAAUGGAUGUCUAACACUCUGUCAAUUCACAAUCCCCAACGAUGUGCUCUUUGAGUACGAACGCCUCGUGAAGAUUCUGUUGCACGGUGUCUCUGAUACGGAACAGGAGGGAUUUGUUCAGAGGAUAGCGAUUUACCUCCUGAAUUCGCUGGCAUGUCAAGUCGAUGGACGACAGAAGCUCUUUCUGGGCGAUUUGGGAGCAAUUUCGACAAUGUUGAGCUUGAUAAAUGAUAGACUCACGCGGAAUGUGUUUGAUGACGUAAUGGAAGUGGCGUGGUCCACAAUGUGGAAUGUCACGGACGAGACAGCAAUAAAUUGCAAGAGAUUUCUGGAUGGAAAUGGCAUGGAGUACUUUUUAGGGUGUCUCAGAUGCUUCCCGGAGAAGGAUGAGCUGCUGAGGAACAUGAUGGGUCUGCUGGGGAAUGUGGCGGAAGUGAAUGUGCUUCGGCAUCGUCUCAUGACCACGGAAUUCAUCACGGUGUUUGCGAAUCUGCUGGAAUCGAGCAGCGAUGGCAUCGAGGUGAGCUACAAUGCGGCUGGCGUGUUGGCGCACAUUGCCUCCGAUGGCGCUGAGUCGUGGACGAUCGAGAAGCCGUCGCGGCGACAGGUGCUGAGCAUGAUGGUGAAUGCCAUUGAGAGGUGGGACUUGCACACGGAAAGAAAUAUCAACUAUCGCAGCUUCGAGCCCAUUUUCGGCCUUGUGCGCUGCUAUGAUAUUCCGGAGUGUCAACACUGGGCGAUCUGGGCGCUCGCCAACUUGACAAAGGUUUAUCCGGCCAAGUACUGUCGUCUCGUGGAGGCUGAGCACGGCAUUGAGUUGCUGUACGAACUGAUGAUGCACAAGAGUCCGUACCGGAGGAUAAAGGAGUUGGCUCGCAUGGUGCUGGAUCAUUGCGCCCAGAAUAAACAAAUCACCCUCGAUGGAUGAAACGGAAUCAUCUGGGCCAUGAGUGACACUCAGACGGUUUAGUUGAGCCUCAAUAUUUGCGAGGCUCAUUCUCUUGUACAUAAAAAACCAGGAUGGGGAUGAAACCAAAUGGAGAAAACCCCUUUUCUUGGAUAAUAAUGUUAAAUACCACUGUGAAAGAUGUUAUGUAAGUAUCUUUUCAUUUACUCCUACACCCAAAAUUCGCCCGCUAAAUUAGAAAGUUUAACUACUCUAUCAAAAAAAAGAGAAUUGUGACGACGCUGAGCUUUCUCGCUCCAAAAUCGAUUUGAAGUGGCAUAAAAGCAGAAACUUUAACGUAUUUGAAAGGAAAAAAAGACAGAGAAAACAUUGUUGGCAGCUUUUUGAACAUUGAGAUUAUAUAUUGGAAUUUUUAACAUUUUUCCUCCCUCCAAUGUUAACUUCUUAUAACCCAAUUGUUCCCACUUUGCGUGUUGAAGUUUUUUCCCCUCAAUUAUAUUUGAAAAAAAAAAUUACUUUUCCUUGGAAAAGAAAGUAAAACUAAAGCGCUACAAAUGAGAAAAUAUUCAUGCUGCUGCUGAUGACCCGUUCUUUAUGCCCUUUAUGACCUCUUUUUGGUUUUUAUAUUUGUAAAUAGGUACUUUGUAAGGUACUAUGUUAGAGUUUAUCACAUAUAGAAGUUAGAGUUUUUUGAAACUUUAUGAUAAAAGUGACUAUUAUUAAAUGAGAAGAAGAAUAAAAAUCGUAAUUAACUCUCGCUGUGGUAAUUAUUUUCUUUCGUUUCAAGAGGCAAAUGAGUUUUAGAACUUUUGCUUUCUGUAAUUUACCGUGUUAAUUGAACAAAUUAUACUAAAACAAAGAAGGAUAAAAAUUUUGCAAUGGGUAUUUAAGCUAUGAAAAGAAAAAUUGAAUAAUGUAUGAGAUUGAUAUAAAAAAUUAUAAAAAGAUUUUAUUGGGACAAAAAAACACAUGGAAAUGAGAGAAAUUUAAGGUUGAAAUAAAGAACAAAAAUUGGCUUU